AUGGAGCUGCCAGCCAAGACCGCCGACGCCACGGACGCCGUCGUCGUGACCGUCGCUGCGUCGGCGCCCGCCAGCGACGAGGCCAUUCCGGUGUUGCCGUCGAGUCCAUUCUGCUGCUUCUACUGCCUCGACGACGGCAACGGACCGGAGCGGUCGGCGACCGAGCUCAUUGCACCGUGCGCGUGCGCCACGUACAUCCACCGCGACUGCUUGGAUACGCUUCGCAUCUCGUCCCGGAUGCCCAACGCCAUGACGCACUGCGGUUCCUGCGGCGAAGCAUACACCUUCCUCGAGUCGGGCGAAGAGGCCGAGUACAAGCGCUUGAUGCGCAACGCGCAGCUGCUUCGCUUCCUCUUCGUGCUUGGCGUUGUCUUCCUCGGUAGCUGCAUCAUCUGGCUCAUCGACCGCGGUACGCCCAAGUCGUUCAACUUGCACUGGAACGGCAUGGACGGCCAGAUCUACGACACGAUCGGGCUCAAGAGUUGCCCGCGACUGCUCGUGUACUUUCUUACAAGCCUCGCGCUCACGGCCUUUAUCAUUGGCGUCGUCACCGUCAUGAGCCUCUGCGUGCUUGGCUGCCGCGACCCGGCCAUGAGCUGCUACUGCCCGGGGUACUACGACUGCAACUGCGGUGGUGGCGACUGCGGCGGCGACGCAGGGGCCUUCAUCCUCAUCUUCGUCAUCGUUCUCUUUGUCUUUGUCGGGCUCUACAUGAUGCUCAUGGCGAUCGUCGGCGCCUUUGGCAGCACAGUAAACCGCAUCGGGCAGCGCCGCGUCCGCGCCGUCGAGGUGCGGUACCGCCAGGUCCAGAACCUGCGACCCAUUCCUGCGACCAGCCACGUCGCCACCAUGGUCUAGUCGACUCGGUCGC